AUGACAUAAUAAAAUAAAAUGAAUAAUUAAGGGGAUGAAAUUAAUAAUUAUUAAUUAGAGAAGAGUUUUUAAUUUGACAUAUCAAAUUCAUGUUUAUUUAAUUAAAAUUCUUUUGAAAAUUUUACUAUGAAAAAAUAUACUGAGUUAUCUUAACAAAAAAAUGUAGAUUUUUUUAUAGAAUUAAGACAAAAAGCCUUACAAGAAGAAUAAAUUUACCACGAAAAUGAGUUAAAAAAAAUGUUAGAAAAAAAUAAAAUUUCCCAAAAAAAAUAUUAAUGGACAUCUUUAUAACUUGAAAAAUGGGUAAAUAAAGAACAAGAAGAUCUAAAUAAAACAAAAUAAGAGUGGGAAAAUACUUAGUAAAAAAUUGUAAAUAAAUGCAUUUAGGGUACUGUAAGAGAUAUAUGUUUUAUGAGAAAAAUAAAAAAUAAUAAUUUAAACGAAGAAUACUAUAAUAAUAAUUUAUUUUGUAAUAAACAUAAAAAAUUCCUUUGUAAAUCUGAAUCAGAAAAUGAUAUAUAGGUUACUUGGAAAAAUUGUAAAAAAAACAAUUUUUAAUAGACUUUAAAUUAUUUAAAAAAAUAUGAUUCAUAGUAGACUUUUUCUAAAAAAAAUAAUAAUAUUUCUCAAUAAUUGUUAAAUUUUUAAAAAUAGGUUGUAUUUAAUAGUAUUAGUGCAGAUUUAAAUGAUUCGAAUAUUUUUUAAAAUAAAAUAGAAAGCUUAUAAUAAAAAAAUAUAUUUGAUUCUUAAAAUAAUAAUAAUAAUGUUUAUUAUAAUAGUGUUAAUUAUAAUAGUAAUAAUUAUAAUAGUAUUAAUUAUAAUAGUAUUAAUUAUAAUAGUAUUAAUUAUAAUAGUAUUAAUAAUAAUAAUGAUUAAUUUUAAUAUUAUACAGAUGUUAAAAAUUCAAAUGUUCAAAAUAUUUCUUUAAAUUAUAAUUCUUAGAGAAAUUAUAUAAAAGGUAAUUAUAAUAUAUACAUAUAUAUAUAUAUUUAUAAUUUAUUAAUAAGAUAAUUAUAAAAAUGA